UCAGUCGUUAAAUAUUUUCUUAUAAUUUUUUUAACUUAAUAAUACAGUAGAAAUGAGUCCAUGGCUUGGUUGUAGUGUUUCUAUUCACUGUGGUGAUACUUUAGGGACUUAUCAAGGAAAAAUAAUAGAAGUAACAGAUUCAACGAUUACUUUAAAUAAGGCUUUUAGAAAUGGAUUGCCAUAUCCUCGUUCAGAAGUUACUCUUAAUUCCAGUGAUAUAAAAAAUAUUGAAAUUAUUGAAAUGGACUCAUCCUCUGCUGAAUACAUAGAAUCUGGACGAAGUAUUGUUACUGUUGCAAAACCUAUUCCAAAACGUGCCAGCAAAGUAAUCAACUUAAGUGAUAGUUUUUCAUUAAAUAAAAAUGGAAUCUCACCACCGAAUAAUACAAAUCCAAUAAACAAUAAUACGAACAAUACUAAUACAAUAAAACAAAAACCAAUUGAAAGUCCAAAAAUGAGUACCGAUUUUUAUGAAUGUGAUACAUUUAAAAAAGAUAAAAAUCGUCCAGCACGUUGGCGCAAAGGAUGGAAAGAUGAAGCAUGCUUCGGUACACCUUUAGACAAAUGUUUAGAAAAAGAUUUUGAUUUUGAAAAAAAUUUAAAAUUAUUCAAUAAACAAGCAAUUUGGGAUGAAUUAAAUGCAGCUCAAAAACCUGAUGUAGUUAGACAGGCUGAUAAAAGAACACAUAUGAAAUAUCGACAUGAUGAAAAUAUCAUUGCCACAUUGCCAACGGUGUUCCGCGAGAUAGAAGUAGCUGUACCUGAUAUGAGAGAGUAUGUAACUGAUUCGGGCUUAAUUGUUCCAAGUAUCACUUCUGAUGUACGAAAUCGAUUACUGACAAUUGCUGAACGAUAUGGGUUUAGUUUUGAAAGACGUGCAGAAAUAUUGGGUCGAGCUGCAACAGAAAUGGUUUUACAAUUACUUGGAGGUGGUUAUCGUCUUAAUCCGCAUAAUGCACAUCAAGCACCAACAGUUGUGGCUUUAUGUGGACCGCAUAAACAUGGAGCAGUGGGUUUGAAUGCAUUAAGACAAUUAGUUAGUCAUGGUGUAAACACAGUUGCUUAUAUGUCGGGUCAAGAUUUAUCCGAAGAAGUUACGAAAGAAUACAAUUUAUAUAAAUUAACUAAGAACAAAUUUACAAGUAAAGUUUUAGAUUUACCGUCAACAGUUGACUUAAUUAUUUUAGCUUUAUGUGAAGAUACGGAUAAUCCACCGUCUUAUCCAUUAUUAAGUGAAUGGACAAAUCAAAACCGUGCACCGGUUUUAGCUUUAGAUCCACCGUCAGUUGGUACACCUGGAAUAUCUACAAAAUUUUCACUAGUACCAGUUUUACCACUUUCUCAUUCACCCGAUAAUGGAAAUAUUUAUUUAUGUAAUUUAGGUAUUCCAUUAAAAGUGUUUGAGGAUACUGGCAUUAAAUAUAAAUCACCAUUUGGACCGAAAUUUGUGAUACCAUUGCAUCCUAACGAUACCUGAAUAAUUUUAGAGCGAAAUUUUCGAACAAAAUAAUGUGAUUUUAAGAUAUUUGGAUACAAAAAUUUUACUUACAAAAAUAUGCCACCCAAUUUUUUUUUUUCAUUUUUAUUGAGUAUUUUGUUUGGUCACACGCUAGCGGGUUUUUAAUAGUUAAUUUUCACCUGCGAUUUAUAUUAUUGUAAUUAUCGCGGAAAUGUACUUUUCUUAGACUCGAUUCCCACCCAUUAAAAUAACUAUUUUUUAUAUAAGUUUUGUAAAUAAAGUGAUUUCUCUCACUAAGGGUAAAGCCGUUAAAAAAAGCUGCUCUAUCAACAUCGCCCUGUAUUUAAAAAAGAGAAUACCCUUAUUUUCAAGGUACAAAUAAUAUGCUGUUCGUGUGAGCGAAACAUAAAAAUGUUAAAAACACAGUAGCGUGUGAUGAACAAUUAUUAUUAUUAGAUUACUUUUCGUUUUUCUUCAAUUAUUUAUAAAGUAUUUAUCUUGGAUAGUCUUUCUUUAGUUUGCAAUUUAAUUAUACUCAAAAUUCUUUAGUUCGAUUCGAGACAUAUUUUUAUAUGCAUGACUGAUGGAAUGAAUACCAGUGGCGAAUCGUUUUAAAUUAUUUAAUGUCGAUUUUAUAAUACGCAUUUAAGUACUUAAUUUUGUAUUUAUUGAUUUA